AUGAAACUAAACAAAAAUGUCACACUACUAUGCACAAUUUUAUCAGUAACAAUAUAUGCAUCUGAACAAUCAUUUUCUUCAUCCUUACCCGGUUGUAAAAACACAUGUGGAGACAUAAAUAUUCCAUAUCCAUUUGGUAUAUCAGAAUCAUCAACACCAAAUCAAGGAUCAUGUUUUCUAGAGCCCAAAUUCAAUCUCACAUGCGAAAAUAACACGAAGUUAAUAUGGGGUGAUGUUCAUGUUUUAAACAUAAGCAUCCUCGAAGGUCAACUCGAACUCUUGUGUUUUGUCUCAAGUUAUUGUGACAGAAAAAACAACAACCAACCAACUCUAGACACUGCCAGUUUCAGCAUAUCAAGAAAGGAAAACAAGUUUAUAACUAUUGGUUGUGACAAUUACGGUUUUAUCGACAGCAAUUACGACGAAGAAACAUAUACAACAGGUUGUUUAACAAGAUGUAACGGUAAUCGAAGGCGAAUUGAAAACGGAACGUGUUCGGGUAUUGGUUGUUGUCAAGUUGAUAUUCCACCUAUGAUGAGGAACAUAAGUGUUAAUGUUUUUGAAUAUACUAAUUCCAAGGAAUCGUUUGGAUGUGCACAUUCGUUUGUUGUUAAGAAUAGAUAUUAUAAUUUUUCUCUUUCUGAUUUGGAUCAUUUUUCUCAUGAGAAGCUUCCUUUGAUUCUUGAUUGGAGUGUCGGGAGUAAAAAUUGUAAGGCUUCAAAGGGUGAAGAUGGUUAUGCUUGCAAGGAGAAUACUGAUUGUGAUGAUAAGGAUAUUGAUUUUGGUUAUCAAUGUGAAUGUAAGAAAGGUUAUGAAGGAAACCCUUAUCAUCCAGAUGGCUGCAAAGACAUUGACGAAUGUAAGACAUCGAACAACACGUGCCUAAGUGAUGAACAUUGUCGCAACAAAGAUGGAUUUUACGAAUGUUUUUGUCCUCGUGGACAAUCGGGAAAUGGAACAUUGGAAGGAGGGUGUAGUAGACGAGAUGUAAUUACAAAGGUUGCCAUCGGAGCAAGUGGUGGACUAAUUGUCUUAUUUGUGGCGGUUUCUUCUCUAUACUUGACGUGCCAAAAAAGGAAACUCAUCAAACUAAAACAGAAAUUCUUUCAACAAAAUGGUGGUUUCAUUUUGCAACAACAACUCUCGACAAGAGAAGAUACAUCUCAAUCAGCUCAAAUAUUCACAGAACAAGAACUUAAAAAAGCCACCAACAAUUACGACGAAAGCUUAAUCAUCGGUAGAGGAGGUUACGGUACAGUCUUCAAAGGAAUUUUGUCGGACAAUAAAGUCGUUGCUGUCAAAAAAUCCAAAAUAAUAGACGAGAAUCAAAUCGAGCAAUUCAUUAACGAGGUAGUUGUCCUGUCUCAAAUAAAUCAUAGGAAUGUCGUCAAACUCUUAGGAUGUUGUUUGGAAACAGAAGUUCCUUCAUUAGUAUAUGAAUUCGUUAGCAACGGUACACUUUUCGAUUUCAUGCAUAGUACAAAAGAUAAAGAAAACAAUCCAACAUGGAAAACACGGCUAAGAAUCGCAGCAGAAACUGCCGGAGCUUUAUCGUAUCUACAUUCAUCUGCAUCAAUACCAAUCAUUCAUAGAGAUGUUAAGAGUACCAACAUUCUCUUGGAUGAAAAUUACAUUGCAAAAGUUUCGGAUUUCGGAGCAUCAAGAUUGGUUCCACUUGAUCAAACUGAGAUAGCAACAAUGGUGCAAGGAACACUUGGAUACUUAGAUCCAGAAUAUAUGCAAACACAUCAAUUAACUGAGAAAAGUGAUGUCUAUAGCUUUGGAGUCGUUCUUGCGGAACUUCUAACCGGGGAUAAACCGAUUUCAUUUAAUAGGCCUGAAGAGAAUAUUAGUCUUGCUAUGCAUUUUUUGUCGUGUUUGAAACAAGAUAGAAUUUUUGAAGCUAUUGAAGUUGGAGUUUUGAAUGAUGAUAACAAGAAGGAGAUUAUGGAGGUUGCUAUUCUUGCAGCAAGGUGUUUGAGACUUAGAGGAGAUGAAAGACCUAGCAUGAAAGAAGUGGCUAUGGAGUUGGAUGGAAUAAGGUUAAUGGAGAAGCAUCCUUGGAAUGACACAGACCAAAAUUUUGAGGAGAGUCAAAGGUUACUUCAUGAGGCAUCUUGUAGCUUUUUUGAUGAAAAUGGUGAUAGCUAUAAUCUUGGUUACACUGUUGGGUAUGAUAGCUUGAAAGAUCAACCAUCGAUUGCAUUGGAUGAUGGAAGAUGA